AUGGAGCCCAACCCGCUGUGCGCCCAGCUGCCCGUCUUUGACCUGGCUGUCUUCCUGGGUGCUGCGGACAAGGGGGCACCCGAGGUGCAGCGGCUGUGCGCCGCGCUGGCGGCCUGCCUGCAGCAGUCGUCGGCCCUGGUGGUGCGCGACCCGCGGGUGGACACCGCCGACAACGACGCUUUCCUCAGCCUGCUGGAAAGGUACUUCAGCCAGCCGCUGGAGGUCAAGAUGGCGGAUGUGCGGCCUGAGCUGGCGUACCAGGUGGGCGCCACGCCCGAGGGGGUGGAGAAGCCGCGGUGCCUGCGGGAUGCGUCCAUCAUGGCGCAUGCAGCCAGCCUGGCGCCGGAGGACCGCCCCACGCUGCCCAGCGAGGCAGACCCCAAGUGGCGGUUCUUCCACAGGCUGGGCGACCGCCCCGCCGCCACCCAGUACCCGGAGCUGAAUGCGGAGCCGGUGCUGCCGGCCGCCUUCCCCGAGUGGCGGCAGGUCAUGGACGGCUGGGGAGGCAAGCUGCUGGGGGCGGUGGCGACGGUGGCGGAGAUGGCGGCGCGCGGCUUUGGCCUGGAGGCCGACGCGUUCACCGCCCGCAUGCAGCACGCGCCGCACCUGCUGGCGCCCACGGGUGCCGACCUGGACAGGCACGGCAGGCUGGGCACCGUGGUGGCGGGGUUCCAUUACGACCUCAAUUUCCUGACCAUCCACGGCCGCAGCCGCUUCCCCGGCCUCUACGCCUGGCUGGCAAACGGGCGCCGCAUCCCGGUGCGCAUCCCGGAGGGCUGCUUGCUGCUGCAGGCGGGGAAGCAGAUGGAGUGGCUGACGGGCGGGCAUGUCAGGGCAGGCUGGCAUGAGGUGGUGUGCACAGAGGAGACGGUGGCGGCGGCGGAGGCGGCGCGGGCCCAGGGGCGCCCCACCUGGCGCGUCAGCUCCACCGUGUUCAGCCAGAUUGCUUCAGACGUGGUGCUGCAGCCGCUGGGCCGCUUUGCGGCCGAGCCCGGGGCGGCAGCGGCAUGCCCGCCCACGCCCGCAGGCAGGCAGGUGGCGGAAGAGCUGGAGAUGAUCAACCUCAAGGCCUGCUGA